AUGGAAAAUGAUAAGACAGUAGUGGAGCUACUCUUUAUCCUAUCUCUUUUUAGCCUUUCAUUGACAUUUUUUCCAGGGCUGAUAAAGGAUUCUGUAGAGGAGGUAGAGUAUUUCAAAGGAAACAGAGCCUCAAGGUGUUUUAAUGUUUUAGGGGUACCAAAGGAUAACAGUAUUGAAUUUUACGCCAUGUCUGGAAGUAUUGGCAACAUCGAUACCAAGGAUAUUCCAAAUGGAUCUCCAAUCACUAGAGCCAUACACGACCUUUACAAGAGUAAGAAGAAAUUCACUAUAUAUAUUAAUCCAAGGAUGGAAAUCAUACACAUAUAUUCACAGUGCGUGAUUCCUAGAUACAUCUUUAAGAUAAAAGAAGUACCGAGUAUGAACCAGCCAUCCAUUGAAAUAAUCAAAAGAUUGGACAGCCUCUAUCUUCCUGAUGGACCUAUGGAUCAGAAAUUAAUACAAACUUUAGUAUAUCUAGGGCUGAAGGGAAGGCUAGAAAACAAGCUGUUUAUUCUCUAUGAAAACAUCCUUGUUAUUAUCAACGAAAAGAAGCAAAUGAUCCUCUUCAAUAUGGAUCUAGAACACUUGUUCGGGAUGAUGCUUAAAGAGACCUCUUCUCGGAAAGAUGAAAAGGAGAAUGGGCUGAAUAGACUUCUGAUUGCUUUUAAAAUAGAAUCCAAUAUACUUUUCUUUUGUGAUCCUCGAAAUGACAGGCGAGAAUUUGGAAAGAAGAUGACUGGGAACACUCUCGCAAAAGGGACUGUGAAGCUCUUUCCCUCUUCAAAAGAUAUACAGAUAAAGAGUGCUUUGAGGAGGGAUGAUUAUGGAAAGUUAUGUGAAUUGGUAAGUGAUGAAGAAAGAAAAGAGGGAAUGUGUGUCUUGGAAAAGGUGAUAAUAGAUCCUAUCAAGCCUGAUGAAUCUUCUUUCUUUUAA